AACCCAAACAUUCAAAAUUUCAAAUCUUGACUAAGGAAUUCAAGUUUUCAAACGCCUCAAUCCGAGGUUCCCAACUAUUAUUAUUAUAGCGUCUCAUUUUUUAUCUGAUCGUCGAUGGUGCUCUUGGCAGCUCACAAAUUUUCAAAGAAACUGGAGGAUCACAACAGUCAUACUCAUCACGAUGCUCACCAUCAUCAUCAAUCACACCACUUUUCAUCUUCCCUUCAAGCUUUUCGAUCCAUAGCUUCCGAUUCCAUUUCCCAAUUACCCCAAUCUGAAAUCCUCUCCCUCUCAUGGAUCCACAAGUUUCUGUGUCUCUUGCCCCCAAUCAACGACGCCUUCGCGAAGCUUCUGGUGGACAUCGAUUAUCCCAUGAGCUCAUGGGAUCCCGAAUCUGUCCAAGCGUUUCUCGGAUACAGCAUGAAUUUGCUUGAUCUUUUCAAUUCGGUUUCUGCUUGUCUCUCUCAUCUCGGUCAGGCUCGGAUGUCUGUGUCUCAUGGAUUGAGUCUUUUGGAGAAUUCGCCUUCUUCGGCGACCCGGCAUCUGAAAUCGAUCCCUCCUGGUAGUUUCAACCGUAGUUUCGGUGGGGAUACAAACGUGGAGGAUCGCGAGGCAAAAGAUUUCUCAGGUAAGCAAAUGGUUGUUCAUGAAGCUGUGAAUGAAUUGAUGAGGAUUGGCUUCUGUGUUUGUGGGAUUUUCUUGUCUGGUUUGUGCAGCGAUUGGAAACCCUACUUGGAGACGAGAAAAAUCGCUGGUGAAUUUGAUGGUUCUUCAGUUUUCCCGCUUGAUUCCAGAAUCAAUGAGCUGAUGUUGAUUAGUAAAAUACCAGUGUUGAAAGAGAUUGAAGAGAUAAACAAUUAUGUGGCUAAACUUAUUGCUGCUUCAAAUGCUGAGAAACUUGAUUCAGCCAUGGAAUUGCAGAAAGAGCUUCAUGUAUUGGAGAAGCUCGUGGACGAUUUGAGCAAGGAAAUGGAUGAUUUUUUUGGAAGCGUUAUGACUCAGAGAAAUGAGUUGAUCGAUUGCUUUAGGCUGAUCACCACACAACCGCAAAAAUCCGUUGCUUGAUCUGUAGAUAUGUUCUUGGUUUCUUUGAUUCUCAUAUGAGUUUGUUGUAAAUUCUGAAUAUGAUUGAUUUCUUUGCACAACAAUGUCCGCAAGUACAUAGAUGGAAUAGUUUGAGAUGAUAUUUGGAAUGAUAGAUUCAAACAUACUUUAAAAACAUUGUCACAUUUCAGCCAAUAAUGGAAGUACAUUCCCUUGUUCUUGA